UCGGGAUCGGGAUCGGGGCCGAAGCCGGAGCUGAAGCCGAUGGCGGCCGCCGUCCCGCCGGGAGCCGUGGAGCUGCCGCAGCUGGCGGAGAAUCUGCUGUGCCGGCUGCAGGAGAAUUUCCAGGCUCUGACGGAAAAGUUAACGCUGAGAAUGGAAGAAAUGGGCGAGCGCAUCAGUGACCUUGAGAAGCGUGUUGCCGACCUGAUGACAGAGGCUGGCGUAGAAAACAGCAAUGAAGAGUUGGGACACUGAAAUGAGGAUGUGUUCGAGGAAGAUUAAAGAAAGAACAGCAUAGCACUGACUCCGAGAUUUUACAGUCAGGUGUCACACUGACAAAAAUUGUUAAGGGAAAACAAAUGUGUUUGCAUCAUAUCAUAAAAAACCUUGAAAAAAAUUUAAAAUAUCCCCCAGGAAAAAAAUAGAAAGCUGGGUUUGUUCAUCUAAGUGGGGCACUGUAUUUCCUGAAGCUGAAAAAGAAAUGUUAGCUUCAGAGAG